CUGAACCAAAAACCCUAAACACGACCCUUCUUCUCUCUCACUCUCUCGUCUCUUCUCUCAUCCCUCUGAAAUCAAAAUCAAACGCGAACAGAAAAAGAACAAAACCCAAAACCUCCCAUUCGUUUGAAAAUCGAUCUGCCUCUUUCCUCUCUUUUCCUCGUGUUGGUGACAAGGAGAGAAGAACGAUGACAACGGCGGCGAAAUCGAGGGCCUUCGACGUCGACGAUGGUGUUGACUGCGCCGAUGAAGAUUAUCGGCUUCAGGGAAAAUAGGGAAAACGAAUGGCGACGGCUCUGGGUAUUACCGGCGGCGAGGGUUGACGAGGGAAGGAAUGGCUAGCGAGAAGAAGAGUCACCGCCGGCAAGCUCUGGUGACAGUGCCGCCCGUUGACUCGUCAGAGGGUUUUUGUUCUUCGCUCUCUGUUUGUUCAGAAAAGGAAAGCGGGGAAGAAGAAAGAAGAAGAGAAGUCCUCUCCCGUCCGAGGGGGAAAGGAAGUCUAUGGUUUUUGCAGAGUUCUUUUUCUCUGUGUCUGGACAAGAAAAGAGGAGGAAGAAGUGGAGAGGGCAAGGCCCUCUGUUCUUCAUUUAUGGUCGUGUGUUUUGUGGAGGAAGGGAGUUUCCAGGAAGAAGAGGUGGAAGAAGAAGGAGAAGAGAAGAUGAUACUCUGUUUUUUAGCAGGGAGGGGUAGAAGAAGAAGAAGAAGAAGAAGAAGAACUGCCUGUGGGAGCGAUGAGAAGGAGAAGAAGCCCUCCAAAACCUCCCCUCAUGUAAGAGCAAAGGAGCUCUUUUUAUAGCAAAUUGCUGCUUGGGGUGCAAGAAGGCUACAGUACCAGUUGUGGUUUUGGGUUCAACCAGUCUGUUGGGUCAGA